AUGGAUGUGAGAAAUGCCUUUCUCAAUAGGUGCUUGGAUGUGGAAGUCAUCCAGGAUGUUGGUAAUGAUGUCAAUAACAUGAAAGGUGUCAUUAUGAAAGACAAUGAGAAUCUUAUGAUAGUUCAGAUUUAUGUUGAUGACAUUGUUGAAUUCGAGAUGAGCAUGGUAUGUAAACUUACCUACUUUCUUGGUUUUCCAGUGAAGCAAAUGAAUGAUGGAAUAUUUAUUUCUCAAAGUAAAUAUGCUAGAAACAUUAUGAAGAAAUAUGGCCUGAAAAAUGGUUGGCACAAACAUAUAUCUACUAUCACUCUUGUCAAGUUGUCUAAAGAUGAACAAAGAGUGAAUGUUGAUAAAAUCCUCUAUAAGAGUAUGGUUGGUUUCCUAUUAUAUCUCACUGGUAGUCUUCCUGACAAUAACUUACUUAUUGGUGUGUGUGCUCUCUUUCAAGCCAAUCCUAGAUUACUCAUCUUACUAAAGAAUAAGCUAUAA